AGCUGGGACCAGCCUCUGAGGAUAGAGGUGCAGAGAGCGAGCCUGGGCACAGCAAAGGGGAAGCGACCAGAACUCCGAGCAGACCCUGGUAAAACUAACCUGUGAGAACAAAUUGUGAAGUGCAAGCUUGGUCACAAAAGGCUGCGGGUUUGACUAGCGUUCUCUCUCUAGUUGUCUGAAUCCUGAGACUGAAGAAUGGCCUCCCAUGAUGAAAAGGCUGUCACCCGAAGAGGCAAGGUGGCUCCUGCCCAGAGGAUGAGCAGGUUCCUGAAGCACUUCACCGUGGUUGGGGACAACUACCACACCUGGAACGUCAAUUACAAGAGGUGGGAGAAUGAGGAGGACGAGGAGGAGCCGGCUCCCAUGCCAGCUGCAGGUGAGGAAGGCAACAACGGAGGCACGAAUGCUGAAGCUGGCCCCGGCCCUGCACCCAAACCGCCCCUGGACUUCAGGAAUGUGCUGAGGAAGCUUUUCAGCUCCCACAGGUUUCAGGUUGUCAUCAUCUGCCUGGUGGUCCUGGAUGCCCUCCUGGUGCUUGCUGAGCUCAUUUUAGAUCUGAAGAUCAUCCAGCCAAAGAACGACUAUGCAGGCAAGGUAUUCCACUAUAUGAGCUUCGCCAUCUUGGGCUUCUUUAUGAUGGAGAUUUUCUUCAAAAUAUUUGUCUUCCGCCUGGAGUUCUUCCACCACAAGUUUGAAAUCCUAGAUGCCAUGGUGGUGGUUGUGUCCUUUGUCCUCGACUUUGUCUUCCUGUUUAAGAAGCACCAGUUUGAAGCUCUUGGCCUGCUGAUCCUGCUGCGGCUAUGGCGGGUGAUCCGGAUCAUCAAUGGUAUCAUUAUCUCAGUGAAGACGCAUUCUGAGAGGCAGAUCUUAAGGUUAAAGCAGAUGAACAUUCAACUGGCCACCAAGAUCCAGCACCUGGAAUUCAGCUGCUCUGAGAAGGAACAAGAAAUUGAGAGACUCAACAAGCUGUUGAGACAGAAUGGACUUCUUGCAGAUGUGAAUUAGCCAUCCAGAAGUUCCAACCCAGAGAAGUUGGGCUGUAGCCAGAAAGCAACUGCAUGGUGAGAAGUCUAAUUCCUCCACCUCACCUUUGCCUCACCUUGCAUCCCAUGGACACUGAGGACAUGGGUCUUCAGCAGCUCUACUGCCUCCCUGGUCUGACUCAGAGCCACCUGUCCACUCCCUCUGCCUGCAGCAAAGGAAUCAUAGCCAUCUUUUCUCAACACUGGAUGUUCCACUCUUGGCCAAAAAUGAACAAAGGAAGCUGGACAGUUACUGGCAUGUAUAAUUUAAUUGCAUCACUUUCCCACAUAUAUGGAUCAACUCAUCUCUUCACAAGCACAUUCUGAAAAAAGCAAAGAAAAGCUGGCAUCUCGGCACUGGCCCAUUCUAGAAAACCUUUCUUUACCAGCUGGUCCACAGCUUCUCUUGCCACAUCUCCCAUGGGAGCUGUCCUGGCACCCAGGCUAUUCUUCUGCACCAUCCAGCUGCACCAUCAGCUUCUGGGUGGCUCCCUCUUGCUCUGUCCCCGACAGCAUUUCUCCCAAUUACUGUACAAUUAAUGUAUAAAAUAAGUGCUCUCCUUCC